AUGACUGGCAAGCAACUCUCUGACGACCACCGGGCCAUUUUAUCGAAACUACUACAGAUCCCCAAACUUACCAACCGCGAGAUCUCUUGGGUUCUGGGCGUCGACGACAGGACGGUGAGGCGCCGUCGGAUAGAGUUCGAGGCAACGGGCGAGAUCAAGAAACACAAGGAUGUUAGCAAGAAUGCUGAGAAGCUGAAGCCGCAGCACAUGGAGGUACCGUUACCCGAUAUUUCGUCUUAUAUUCGCCCCUCGUGCCAGUUGCUGACAUUGUGCUGUUUCGGCCUGCAGAAGCUGGUCGCGUGGCAUAAGGACCACCCCGAUGCCCUCCUCGACGACAUGCAGAUGUUCCUGCGGCUACAAUGUGGCCUCGAGGUUAGCCGACCGACUAUCAGCCGACAGAUUCGGAAAGCGUACGGCGGGACGUUUCGGAGAAGCGGCCGGUGUGCGCGGAUACGGUCGAGGAAGCAGAGGGAGGCCGAGGGGCGUUCCAUCGCCCUGGAGCUUCAGCAGCAGAAUUGCGGCGCGGACAAUAGUGACCAGAGUUACGAGGCCGCUUCUUCCGACCUGUUCUAUGACCAGCGGCAGCUAGCUCCGCUGGGGCAAGCACUGGGACCGCCGCAAGAGCCGGCGCGGCAGGAAGAAGAGCCGGCUUACCAGGCGGGAGAUGGGCAGCAGCAUCCGGCCCGGCAGUGUCAGCUAGCCGAAUGGAAGGGCGCUCGGCGUUUGGUGGAUCACGGAUGCAGCGACUGUGGCUAUCAGCGACCAAGUACUUCAUCCACAGCUGCUGUGUCGUCACAUCAGGAUCACCUUGGCCGAAUCAGAUCCAAGCCUCCCGUUUGCCAGUCUCAAAAGCGACUUCCCCAAUCGGCCAAUGGGAUGUCUGAAUUGCACCAGCAGGUCCAAGAUUGCAGGUGUGAUUGGCCACUGUCGGUUUCGCUUGGUGCCACGCACGGGACGCAAUGGGACGGUUGA